UAGUUUGACAUCGUUGGAUUCUUAAUCACACUUUUUUCUGAACGAUACAAGCGGCCAACUCUCUAAACAUCAACAUGUACUGUCGUCAUGAAAACUAACAAAAUAGUCAUGGAAAAACUGGCCAAUAGCUGAUUAUUUCACUACAUUGACUGAUUAUUGAAUUAGUUAACAAUCAGUGAGGCUGGCUGGUUGGCGUCUCAAGUAUGUAUCUAUAACUUGGUUAUCAAUUGGACUUCUACCCUUGGAACGGAGUGUUAUGACACUGGUUUAGGGCAGAUUUAUCUACAAAUUAAUGCGCUAGUGUGAACUAAUUAAUCACAAGAAGUGCUUGAUUCAUAUUUAUGGUUAACAAAAGCAUCAAGGAAGAAAUCUACUACAUCUACAUGUAUUUUAUUUCAUGCUAAACAAAGUAGAAAUGAUGAAAAAAAUGGUGUUGCUAAAUUCAAAGCAGAAAUGAGUUGUUAAAGACAAUCAAAAUUGUGACUGUAUACAAAUUGUUUUAAUUGAUAGUUACUGAACAGGAAAUGAAGUUAAAAGCGUGAAAAGCAAGAUGACAAUGUGGAAAGAUAAUUUACAAAACAUACACGCGAACGAUGCUAAAGAAUUUCUUCUUGGCGGGACGUCAACAAUGGAUCAGGUCUUCCUGUCACACCAGUGUCCACGCAUUGAGUCGACAGAUUUUACAAUCGACGUCUGCAACAACAAGCUGGACAAGGUCUCAUCGCCAGCUAUUAGUGAGCCGCGGGAAACUUUUGAUUUUGGUACGGAUAAUAAGAAAACGAAUUGUUAUCAGGUGACGCUGUCAUCUUUUGUGUUAAUAGCGAUCAUCUGCUUUCUUCUUUUAUUAUGUCGAGAUUACAUCAAAGAUCUUCUAGUAUGGAUGGAAAACGUUGACCUCACGGUCAGCUUUUUGAUAUUUUUGGUUCUUUACACCAUAGUGUCGUACCCAAUGGCGUGGGGCGUGAUUCUUUUAAUGAUAGCGUGCGGAUAUUUAUACGGAUUAAUUUAUGGACCGAUAGUGGUGGAAGUUUGUAGCGCCGUAGGAGUAGCUAUAGCUCAUGUGACGAUGAAAAGAUUUUGUCGUAGUUUUAUAAUUAAGAAAUUUUAUAAUGACAAUAUGACAGCUGUGAUAUCUGUAGUUGGGGGUAAACAUGGUUUUAAAGUAGUGGCAUUAACUAGACUUACACCUCUACCAUUUGGUCUUCAAAAUAGCUUAUUUUCUUUAACCGAUAUACCUUUGUUGUCAUAUGUGUCAGCGUCCACGUUGGGGAUGCUGCCAACAGCGGUGCUCAAUUGUUACAUGGGGACGACCCUACGCUCCAUGAAUGAUAUACUCACUGAUGAAACUAACCAAGCUACUGGCUGGAUAGUCCUAACAGUUCAGAUUUUGUUUACAAUAGCAUUGAUGUUUUUUGUGGUGCGUAAAGCUCGUGUAGAACUCAAGAAAACAGUGGAGGAUACAGAUGAUCCGAUGAGCCGCCCACAUUCACCGGAAGUUGUCGUUCACAAUGAUGCUCACAAGUACGAUACUGAGAUUAUAAAAACAAACGGAUUCAUCCAUACGGAUAGAAGUAGAAACAAAAGUGGAAAUUAGUGCAGUUUUGGUGUUCCAUAGUUUUUCAAGUUCAGUAAAAGCCGAAAUUAUUACAGAUUCUGUUUUCCAUAGUCGGUUUAUAUUUCUGUUUAGUACUAUUGUUGUUGUUUUUUUGUGUGUUUAAAUUUUAGGUGAUUUGAUUAUCAUUACACAGAAUGUCAAAAUACAUGAUAUAGGGUUUAGGUUUCAUUUAAAUAUUGUGAUGAUUAGUAUUGAGGUUAUUUUAAGUCAGUAAGUAAAUGUUGUUUUAGUCAAAAUAUUUUUAAAUUUUGUUAUAGGUAAUAAUGUCAUUUACUUUUGUUACUGUACAAUUGAACCCUCUUAUUG